AUGCUGUUGCACGAAGGCCAUCAGGGCAUCAACAGGACCAAAGCCCUAGCUCGGGAUUCGGUUUGGUGGCCGGGUAUCUCAGCAGACAUCGCCUCUCUCGUCGCCAACUGCGAACAGUGCGCUUCCACCCGGGUGAACCUUGCAGAACCCCUAGUCUCCACAGCUCUACCUGGACGUCCCUGGGAAUUUCUCGGAAUGGACUUGUUCCAUCUCAAUGGCCGGACGUUCCUCCUGGUGGUGGACUACUACUCGUGGUUUCCUGAGGUGGUGACCCUGAGAAGCACUACGGCUCGGGCAGUCAUCGAUGCGCUCAAAAGCAUCUUCGCACGCCACGGAAUCCCACAAGACGUCAGGUCGGACAACGGCCCACCGUUCUCGUCGCAAGAGUUUGCGGCAUUCGCAGUGUCUUAUGGCUUCAACCAUGCGACCAGUAGCCCACACUACGCCCGGUCAAACGGAGAGGCAGAGAGGAUGGUACGGACAGUCAAGACCUGUUCCGCAAGUCCAAAGACCCUCACCUCGCUCUGCUCAAUUAUCGGGACACUCCGGGAGUCGAUGGCUUCAGUCCAGCCCAGCUAUUGA